UGAGCAGUAACUGUGGUUGAGCAAUGAGACUGUGACAAGUGAAGCUCGCCCUCUGAUCUCCCUUCUCACCCGCCCACCUUCUCCCUCCCUCCCUCUCUCUCUCUCUCUCCAUGGCGGCGGCCGCGACACCCUACGGCGCUUCCCUGGGCGCCAAACUAGAAGCUCCGAGCACCACCGCAGCUCAUGGCCAUGGGAGCUGCAGCAGCUCCCGUCUCCUGCUCUGCCAUUGUCGAAGCAAAGGCAGCUCCCGUGCUGCUGCUGCUUCUCUCCAUUUCGGACCGCUACGUCUCAGCCCCACGAGCAGGGAAGCGCCGAGGCCGCUCUCUGUGUCCAAUAAGCUGGGAGAAGCCUCCUCCUCCUCCUCCUCCUCCUCCUCCUUCUCCGGUCCUACUCCGCCCAACAACGCACCUCCUCCCGCUGCCCUCUCCAAGUCCAAGGUGAAACGCCAUACCAUCUCGGUGUUUGUCGGGGACGAGAGCGGUAUUAUUAACCGCAUAGCCGGAGUCUUCGCUCGGAGGGGCUACAACAUCGAGUCCCUCGCUGUCGGUCUGAACAAGGACAAGGCCCUGUUCACCAUUGUCGUCUCGGGAACUGACAGGGUCUUGCGACAGGUCGUGGAACAGCUUAACAAGCUCGUCAAUGUCAUCAAGGUUGAUGAUAUCUCAAAGGAACCCCAAGUGGAGCGCGAGUUGAUGCUCAUAAAGCUUAAUGCGGACUCUACCACACGGCCCGAGAUCAUGUGGUUAGUGGACAUCUUCCGAGCGAGAAUCGUGGAUAUCUCAGAACACACGCUAACUAUCGAGGUCACCGGAGAUCCUGGCAAGAUGGAAGCAGUUCAAAGAAAUAUGCGCAAGUUUGGUAUCAAAGAAAUUGCAAGGACUGGAAGGAUUGCCUUGAGACGAGAGAAGAUGGGCGAGACAGCUCCAUUUUGGGGCUUUUAUGCAGCCUCUUAUCCUGCACUUGACGGAAUUACUCCUGUUAAGAAACCUUUAAAGAAAUCAAAUCAGUCAUUUAAUGGCAAUUCGACAGAAUCUUCACGGGGUGAUGUUUAUCCAGUGGAACCUGACGACUACUACUUACUUAAUCAAGUUCUUGAUGCUCAUUGGGGGGUCCUCAAUGAUGAAGAUGAAAUGGGAUUGAGAUCUCACACCUUGUCCAUGCUUGUGAAUGACACUCCCGGGGUCCUCAACCUAGUCACCGGGGUUAUAUCCCGAAGAGGAUACAACAUCCAGAGUCUUGCUGUCGGGCCUGCUGAAAAGGAGGGAAUUUCUCGCAUUACAACAGUCAUCCCUGGGACUGAUGAGUCGAUCAGCAAGUUGGUUCAGCAACUCCACAAGCUUAUAGAUAUGUAUGAGGUUCAGGACUUCACCUACCUGCCAUUUGCUGAACGAGAGCUUAUGUUGAUAAAGGUUGCUGUUGAUGCUGCUGCUAGGAGGGAUGUUCUUGACAUUGCCAACAUAUUCCGGGCCAAAGCUGUUGAUGUUUCUGAUCAUACAAUUACACUUGAGCUUACUGGUGAUCUGAGUAAGAUGGCUGCUUUGCAAAGGCAAUUAGAGCCCUACGGUAUUUGUGAGGUGGCCCGGACCGGAAGGGUGGCAUUAGUUCGUGAAUCUGGUGUGGAUUCUACGUAUCUUCGCGGGUACCCACUUCCCUUGUAAUUGUCCAAACUUCUCCCGCAGCUGCAAUCAUUUCGAGCAGGUGGCAAUUGGCAUCACACCUUCCAUAUGGUGCUAGCUCGUUUUAGUGCAAGUUUGUGCUUACCAGCAUCGACCAGUCGGGUAGUAAUGGAGCUGGUGAUCAACGGAAUAAGAGUAUUCCUAAUUUGCUGAUUAGUAGUUAGUAUUCAGGUGCGUCGUGUAAGGCAAGGACUGCCAUAUCUUAGUAGCAGAGAUGGUAUGAAUGAUAUUAUUAUUGUAUCAGACUCAUAUGCAAUGCUUGAAUUGAUAUCACGGAUCCA